CUUUUUAGUCCGACGUCUCGGGCUGUCCUCUGGCCGUAGUUGAACGCGGCACACCCGGGCAGCGGGAGAGAGGAAGGCAGCGUGUGCCGCCUGCGUGCUCGUGGCUGGGGGCCUCUCCUCGGCUCAAUUCGGCGGCUGUCCCCCCCUCCCCCCGAGGGCAGCGAGCGUCCGCCGCUGUGGGGGCCUCGGGCUGAAUGCCGGCGCUCUACCGAGCCACUGCAGCCAGUAGCUGGUGAGCCCCCGCGGGCCGUCCGGCCGGUGGGCCCCGCGCUUGCCAGCCUGCCUGCCCUGCCGGCUACGCCGGUCCGCUGCUGAGCUCCCCUCGGGGGCUUGGGCACCAUGCUGCCCAGGCUCUUCAGCGUGCGCGUCUGGGCGCCCGUGGGCGUCUUGACCUCGCUGGCCUAUUGCCUCCACCAGCGCAAGGUGGACCCCCAGCAGCUGCAGCUGAAGAUGGUGCAGGUGGUGUUCCGCCACGGAGCACGGACACCCCUCAAGCCGCUCCCGCAGGUGGAGCAGGUAGAGUGGAAUCCCUCACUGUUGGAGAUCCCCGACAAAACCCUGUUUGAUUACGUAGUGACCGACCUUGAUGGUGGCCCGAGACCUCCAUCUCCUUAUGACAGUCAGUACCAAGAGACCAGAUUGAAGGGUGGCGUGUUUGCGGGGCAGCUGACCAGCCUGGGAAUGCAACAGAUGUUUGCCCUGGGAGAGAGGCUGAGGAGGAACUACAUAGAAGACAUCCAGUUCCUCUCACCAACAUUCAAGCCUGGGGAGGUCACGGUUCGUUCUACGAAUAUAUUCCGGAAUCUGGAGUCUACUCGAUGUUUAUUGGCUGGACUUUUCCAACGCCAGAAAGAAGGCCCGGUCACCAUCCUCACUGAUGAAGCCAGCUCCGAAAUCUUGUACCCCAACUACGAUAACUGCCAGACCCUGAGAUACAUGGUCAGCGUCCGGAGGCUGAUGGCCACCGUGCAGCCCGAGUUCUUGGAGGACCUGAAGAAGGUGCAGAGCGAGAUGGGCAUCGACGGGAGCAAAGGCGUGGACUUCUUCCUUCUGCUGGACAACGCGCUAGCAGAGAAGGUUCACGGACUCCCCAGCUGCCCCACGCUCAAGAAGUUCACCCACAUGAUCGAGCAGAGAGCCGUCGACACGGCCCUCUUUAUCCUGGGGAGCAGAGACAGGGAGGGGCUCCAGAUGGCGGUCGGCCCCAUCCUCUACACCCUGCAGAACAACAUGCUGGAACUGUCCACACCUUCGGAUCUGCCCAGAGACACCAGAAAGCUCUAUCUGUACGCCACCCACGACGUGACCCUCAUGCCGCUGCUGAUCACGCUGGGCAUCUUCGACCACAAGUGGCCGCCGUACGCCGCAGACCUCGUCAUCGAGCUCUACCAGCACGACGAGUCCAAGGCCUGGUUCGUCCGGCUUCUGUACAACGACAAGGAACAAGUGGUAAGAGGGUGCUCGUCAGAAAUCUGCCCCCUGGAGGAGUUCCUCUUUGCCAUGUCCCCCUAUGUGGUGAACCAGGACGAGUACAUCACGCUGUGCUCCAAGAUGGAGAACAAGGGCCUGGGAGAGGACGAGUGACGCCAGGCGCCCCGGGCCGCUUUUUAAUAAAGACCCGUUUGUGUCCCA